ACUGUACUUAAAGCUAUGGGGCUUGGCAUUGACAUGUUUGACUCAUCAUAUCCUUAUAUGGUGACGGAGAGGGGACAUGCUCUUGUGUUCAAGUAUGAUUACAAAUAUAACCCAGAGGAACAGGACUGUAGCAUGCCAACCAGUCUGUCAAUAAAUAUCAAUGAUCAAACAUAUGUGGAGGACUUCUCUCCCCUGUUGGCAGACUGUAAAUGCUAUGCAUGUGAAAAUUUUACCAAGGCUUACAUAAAUCAUUUACUAAAUACAUCUGAACUUCUGGCAUCAACAUUAUUAAUGAUACAUAAUUUUCACCACUAUUUUCAAUUCUUCAAGACAAUAAGAGAAGCUCUGGCAGAGAACAGAUUUCAAGACUUGCAAAUAUUGAUUGAAAAACAGACUCCAAUAAAGGAAACAUCUUAAAAUAUA